CUUUCUUGGUAUCCCAACAAGCGUACUCCCACGAGGGCAUGGUAGGUGAAACUCUCGAGGUCUCUUAUAACAAAAGAGAUAACUGUUUAUAAAUCUAUUAAUGAUUCACCAAGUCCUUUAUCACUCAAGCAUAUUUGCCGCGAGGCCGCGGGCAAUAAGUACCCCUAUUUGCAUCAACUGCUCUUUGAAGUGAAACACUGCACAAUGAAGCAAAUCAUUUUUGAGAAUAUCGGAUUCCGUGGUGGGAAACAUUUAAUGGCUUUCAAACAUAAACAAAAAGUUUUGUUCCCUCAACUAAACCCAACAGAAUGGAAGGGCGAGCAUGAACUUUUCACGUCCAAUGACGAUCGACCAGAUAACCACUGUUGCAGCAACUCUUAUUGCUUGUUUCUACCCAAGCGUUAUUGUAUUGCGUUUCUUACGAUGCUCGCCUUUCUAUUGUCUUAUGGAGUCCGAGCAGGGAUAAGCAUAGCAGUUGUGGCGAUGGUGUCUUCUCGUGAAACGACCAUCAAUGGAACAAUCACUGUGAAAGAUCCUGAAUUCCGAUGGUCAACAAAAACACAAGGGGUUAUUCUUGGCUCCUUUUUUGGGGGCUACAUGCUGACCCAAGUACCUGGCGGAGUGCUGGCUCAAAGAUUCGGUGGUCGAGUUGUCCUGGGCUUGUGUAUGCUGUUUUCAUCAAUAUUUGUGUUCCUUUCUCCUGUGGCGGCGCGAACACACGUUGCACUCCUUGUGGCAGCCAGCACAGCAGUGGGCUCAUGUAAGGUCAGUUACAACGCGAUAAUCCCAAAGCCUUCAUUAUUUUGGGCCCUCGUCGAAGAAAAGACAGCAUGCCUUUAAAAACGCAAACCACAAAGUCUAGUCCAUAAUUUGCACAUUUAUCGAUCAAGUAACGAUCCGUGUUAAUUUCUCACCGGAAUGGACUAAAAUCCCCCUUUCCUUGUUAAGCGGGUGUGCCUCCACAGAAAAGGUACCCUCUUUAAAGCGGUCCCGCAUUUCACAGUUCAGAGGCUGGUCGCUAAAGCGGUUUUAUCACCAGUUUACUUCCGGUCUACUACGUAACCAUCUCCGAUUGACAUGACGGAAAAACCCUGAACAUGCGCACUUCGAAGAGAUGGGGAAAGAAGAUACAAUUUCUUACAAUGGCCAUCAGUUCCUUGCAUUCCGGACUGAUUUUCCCAUUUCAAAACACAAAAAAUAGUCGCCGAAAUGCACACACCCUGAUUUUGGCUUUUCA